CCUUCGUAGAGGGCGGGGACGGGGGGGCGGGCCUCGCGCGGCAAGAUGGCAGCCGCGGCUGAGGAGGCUGAGGCGGCAACGCGGCCUGCGGGGCCCCGGAACCCCCAGAGGGACCUGUAAAAGGGGCCGGCGGCUCCGGCGGCUCCGGGCCCCGGCCCGGGCUGUGAGGACGGCGGUGGCGGUUGCGGCGGGGCCUCGGGACGAUGCUGCGCUCCACCGGCUUUUUCCGGGCCAUCGACUGUCCCUACUGGGCCGGGGCCGGCGCGGGGGCGUCCUGCUGUCGGAGGCCCUACUGCCACUUCCGGCACCGCGGCUCCGAGCGCGGCCCGGCCCGGAGCGAGGCGUCCGCUGCAGCCGCUAACGGCCCCGGCCCUGGCGGCGGGGGCGCGGCCCGGAGUGCGGGAGAGCUUGGCUAUGACCCAUAUAACCCUGACCUUCCGAAGCCUUCAGUUGGAACUGAACAUGGCUCCCUGGGGGAUGUUCCAGAACCCAGCUCUGGCAUUUUGGAGCUAGAGUUAGUCAACCAGGCCAUUGAGGCUGUCCGGAAUGAAGUGGAACGAGAGGAAAAGAAAUAUAAGGAGCUGCUAGAGACAACCAAGGAAUAUGGCACCACAGAGACCUCACUUGUUUCACAAAGCCCCACUGGAGUUGGAGUGCCCAACCCAGACUCCUUUGCCACAUCCUUAGAAUAUAAUCCAGGUAGCUACAAUCUAUUAAAUAAUAACACAGACUAUAACCCUACCCCCUUGGCUGCUGCUAAUAAAUGUAACAAGUAUACUUUGGAUUCUUUGGAGAAAUCCAAGGCUAAAGGUAACUCUCUGGAAUAUGUUCCAAAGUCUGUGAUCCAACCCAAAAAAUAUAGCCGUGCUGUUCCCAACAGUAAAUAUGUGAUUGACAAUUCUAAGCCAUCCACAGAUUUGGAAUAUGACCCCCUUUCAAAUUACUCAGCCAGGCUUUUAAAUAAGGGCAGUCCGAAGGACCAGAGGGGGGUCAAAAGGAGAAGGGACUCAAACCAAGAUGAGUCCUAUACUCCUUCGCUCAAGAAGCAUUGCGAUGUUUUUAGCAAUUAUGAAACAGAUGCCAGAUUUUCUGACUCAGAAGAUGAGGACCCCAGCUCAGAGAACCAGCCAAAUCCUGCCAGCCCCACAAAAGCUAGAACCAGUUCAGAGAGUCAGGCCAGCAGUGGGUCCUCCCCUGCUAAGGGAAAGCCUCUGGAACCUGAGGAAAGUAGUUUGAGGGAGACAAAGGAGAUUGCUGUGCAAUAUGACAUGGGGGAUAUCCAGCGGCGGCAGAGUCCUAUUGGAAAACCCCCAUCAGAGAAAAGUGGAAAAGGAAACAAACACUCUUCAGAAGGGAGGGAGAAAGUAGCAGUCGGGGACCUAAAGUGUAAAGGCAGCCUGAAGGAUCACAGAGUCCAGAAAAGAAAAUCACAUGACCAAAAGAGUUCAGGCCAUCAAGAAGUGGAGAGUCAGAAAGAAAAAAGUAAAUCGUCAGAGAAAGACAAAGGGAAGAAUAAAGACAAAGCAAAAGGGAAAUUAGGGGAGAAAAAUCAUAGAGAGAAGAAACUCUCUAAGGUCAAAAGUGAUGGACACAUAAGUAAAAUGGAGAAGUCCAAGUUAGAAAAGCAAGAGGUGACCAGGAAGGAGAAGUUAUCUGCUAUGUCAGUGACCAGCUCAGGGAAAAGGAGGAAUGAUGGCCUUGGUAAGAGACCGAGCACAGGGAAGCUGGGGAACCAUAAGAAGGAGGCCAAGCUGAAGCCAGCAGAUCCUCCCAAUGGGAAAAACAUGUCCACUAGCAAUAAGCUAAAAGACAAGAAAGGCAGUAAAACCUCUUCGGGUAGGCUGAAAGACAAGAAGUCUCUUUCUCUAGAUGAAAGCAGUUCCCAAGGCUCCCCAAAGCCUAAGAAGAGGACGUUGAGCCAUAUUGAUCUCUUUGGAGAUGAGAGUGGGGAUGAAGGGGAAGGGACAUCCCCAGUUCUUCCUGCCACCCUCCCAAGUCUAAGCUCAGACUCAGACUCAGACUCAGAUGAUGGAAGCUGUAGCCUCCCGAAUGAGAGUAAGGGACCAAAACGCCUCCGGGGUGCCCAGAUUGCUACCUCUUCAUCCUCAUCUUCUGAGGCCUCCGAUGACAUCGACUACUCUAUCCUGGAGAAGGAAUUGGAUUACGAUUCAGACCCCAUGGAAGAAUGUCUUCGGAUUUUUAAUGAGUCUACAGAUGUGAAGACUGAAGACAAAGGGAGGCUCAACAAACAGCCAUCCAAAGAAGAGAAGAUUGAGGGAAAGUCAGAGGAUAGUUUGACUACGUUGUUUCCAGGCCAGAAGAGGAGGAUUUCCCAUCUCUCCAAGCAAGGAAAUGCUGAAGUCCCAAGCAAGCCAGUCAUUCGGCCCUAUCGCCCACCCACCGCUCAGGAGGCCUGCUACCGACGAACCCAGCUUGCCCAGAAACAGGCCUCAGACAUUCUGGCAGGAAGACUGGCAGCCCAGAAACAUUCUGUGUCUCUGCCUGAGGAGAAGAGGAGAAUUGCCCAUGUGCCCAAUCCCCGCAUGGCCACAGCACUGGCAGCAGCAGCCAAUUCAACCCCCACAGGUGCCAAGAAAAGUAAUUCUUUGAACACCGUUCAAGUCGCAAAUGGCUCUGAGCCAAACAUCUCCUUGAAGUCCCGAACGAUGUCUGGGAUGGCUUCUAAAACGAGCACGACAUCCGUGCAGAAGAGGAUAGCACAUAUGCCCUCCCUACAGAGUGUAAGCUUAAAUAGACCAGUCAUUCCAACUGAGUUUGGGGCCAAGGUUCCCACCAACAUCCGCCAACGUUAUCUUAAUCUUUUUAUUGACGAGUGCCUGAAGUUUUGUCCAUCACCCCAAGAAGCUUAUGACAAGGCUUUAUCGGAGGAGAAGGUGGCCUAUGAACGGAGUUCAAGCAAGAAUAUCUACCUGAAUGUGGCUGUCAAUACCCUAAAGAAGCUAAGGAGUUUAGGACCUGGUUCUGUACAAUGUGUAAACAAGAACAGCAAUCGGAAGGUGGUGUCCCAUGAAGCUGUACUGGGAGGGAAACUGGCCACAAAAACAAGCUUUACACUGAAUCGAUCUGGAAACCUCAGAGCAGAAGAUUUGACAGGAGCUGCCUUGUAUCGAAGAUUAAAGGACUACAUUCUUACAGAGGAUCAACUGAAAGAAAACGGCUACCCUUUGCCCCACCCUGAAAAACCUGGCCGAGCGGUGGUCUUCACCACCGAAGAGAAGAAGACCACAGACUCAUCCUGCCGUAUUUGCUGUCGCUGUGGCACUGAGUACCUAGUCUCGCCCACCGGCAAUUGUAUCCGGAAGGAGGAGUGCUGCCAUCAUUGGGGGAGGCUGCGUCGGCAGAGAGUGGCUGGUGGAUGGGAAACCCAGUAUAGUUGCUGUUCAGGAGCUGUUGGUUCUGUUGGGUGUCAGGUUGCUAAGCAACAUGUGCAAGAUGGCCGUAAAGACAACCUUGAAGGGUUUGUGAAAACCUUUGAAAAACUUCCCUCUACAGAUGGAUAUCCAGGAAUAUAUGCCCUCGACUGUGAGAUGUGUUAUACCAAACAAGGCCUGGAGCUAACAAGAAUAACUGUGAUCAACUCUGAUCUGAAAGUUGUCUAUGACACAUUUGUGAAACCAGACAACAAAGUUGUGGAUUACAACACGAGGUUUUCUGGGGUGACAGAAGAAGACUUGCAGAAUGCGUGUAUAACCCUUCGGGAUGUCCAGGCGGUAUUGUUGAACAUGUUCAGUUCAGACACCAUCUUGAUAGGACACAGCUUAGAAAGUGACUUAUUUGCUCUCAAGAGGGUCCAGUCAGCCACCCGGGCAGAGGGAUGCGUGCGGAUUAAGAUGAGCAGGGCUCACUUGUGCAGACAACAGGAAAAGAGAAACUGCUGUUUUGCCUUCUAAAGGAUCGGCCUUCAGAAAGCUGACAGUUUGUCCCUGGUUGGGUCUCUGGCUGGCACCUGGCCCAGUUGGUCUCGGUUUAACAUGUCCCACCCUGCGGGAAGAAGAACAGUGGAGAGAUUGUGUGCGUGUGUGUCUGUGGUGCUGGUGUGUUUUUUUUUUUUUUCAGAGUUCUUUUAGCGCUUACCAAAGAACUCGCCCCCUGCCGCUGCUGGAGGCUGCUCAGGCUCUUGGGGAGCGUGGGCAUCAUUAAGGAGGGAGGAGACAUGGUAGCUGACAAAGAACAGGCCUCUGCGGGUGGUGGGGCCUGUGUCCCGGGGCUUCUCAAGCUGACUCCUACAGGAACUGGUUUGGUGGGAGCUUUUGUCUGGUGUGUUAUUUCAGAAGGGCUAAUAGAUUCUGCUCUGGAACUGGGCUGAUUCAGGGGAAUGGAAUAAAUCCCUAAAGCCCAGACAGAACCUGAGACCUGACUGGGAUUCCAGAAUGCCUGUACACAUGGGCACCUUCACGGUCACUUACACACUUGAUUCCCUUUUCUUCUCUC